AUGGAAAGUUUUCUCGUCGCGACUCACCUCUCCUCUUUAAAUUCAUCCUCCACGACCUCAAUUCCAAUUCAGACAACGCGUCAAAAUCUUCCCCUACCUCCUGCAUCUAAAGAAUCCGACACAUCCGCUGAACAUGCGAUAUACACCUCCAUUUUCAACACACCAGCCACUGGAACCAUCCUUCUGCGUCUCAUCCAUGGCGGAUUAAUUAUCGAACUUGUUUCGCUUUCGAACCCAGUGCCACCAAUGCGUUUGGUAUUUCCGGCCCUUAUAUUACCAUCUCCUGCUGUAUUUUUGUGGGACACGACUGGACUCCACAUCCUAGCCGUAACUGAUGCUGGCUCUUUGCAUCGCGUUGUCAUUCCAAUCAACGGACGUAACCUGUGGCAAGACCAACUUGAAAAUGUCUGGCAUCGCGAAUAUACGUUGAGAAAUUUCCCUGGAAACGCGGAAGGUUGCUUUGCUCAUGCUCAGGGAACACAUUGCGUGGCAGUAAGCAUGCCUAAUGGUUCGUUACUGCGCUUAGAAGUCGAUUUUGUGGGGCACGACGGACAUGAGGAGGAGUGGACAGAAACUCUCUUCCAGCAAAAUUCAUUCCUCUCCUCUCUAACGGCUUUCCUUCCUGCACUUCAUUCCAGCUACCCCAAUGGAGCAGAUAUUAUUUCUAUUGCAACUCAUCCGUGGCCUACAGACAUCGGCCACGUGUGGACAUUGUCUCGCGACAGGACACUUCGCCUGUGGAAGGCAAAGCUGGGAUGUGUAGCUUCGCGGACUCUAGCGUUUCCUUCUCAACGCAAAGAUGCAACUCCAGCGUCUGGUGGCUCAUCAAGCAACGUAAAACAUCAUUCUGUCCUGAGCGGAAACUAUCAAACACUUUUGAGGGUUUUCUCUGUAACGUCGGAGACUAUCUACGUUCUCGUGUUUAUCCCAACUAUCUUGUCACCUUCCUCCGGAGGCUCAUUUUGUAUUGUUGACACAUCUGCCGAUCAUUUUCAAGAAGUUUGCAAUCUGGAAUGUUCUGCGCGCACUGCGCACUGCCAUCUCCAGGAUUUCUUGGUUUCGGGGAAUACACUCUACACGCUGUGGGACCGGCAAGGUCGAUCAGCAGUUGAGAGGAUCAAUAUCAACAUACAGGAGCUGAAAGGCACUAAUUAUACCCCUUCUUGGAGGACCUCGUGCUAUGUGCGAGAGGCCGAGUUUACACCAGCUUACAUGGAGGAACAACUUUUGUCGUGCGGUUCAUUGACGGAGAAAUAUCUGGCAGUAAUUAUGAAGCCAGGAAUGUUCUCAUCUCUUACUCUCCGAACGGCAAUCGAGCAAUACAUGGACGCAUGUCUGUCGCUUCCAGGCCCCCCACCUCCCCAACUAUUAACUACGUAUCCAACGAUAUGCGAGAAUAUUGCCGCAGUUGUCGGAUGCACAGUCACCUUGAAUCGCGACCCACAAACAGGUACCCUCCAGCAUGCCAAUUACUGGACAGCAUUGAAGAGGGACUGGGAAGGAUUCAUAGCUCGAUGCCGAGAGGUAGAGCGCAGCGCACGCUGGCCCCUUGCGUUAGGAAUCCAAGGCUUUGAUGAAAUCAUUAUCGUUGAACGAGAGCGGGCAGGGUGUCUAGUUGGUGAGGACCUUCCCAUCCAUCUUCAGAGGCUCAUCAUACAAGAAACAACUCCGGAUCCGCAAUACAGUCUCUUAGCUGUGUUGUGGGCACUUCGCGCUAGGUUAGGUCCCCAGAUGAUGUCCAGCCUUGAGAACCGUUGCGCAGAGAUUAUGCAUCAGGAGAUUGCAUUCUCCUUUGCUGACAUACUACAGGAUCAGACGCGUCAGAUCAACAUUAAAGACAAUCUCGAUGAAGGGUCGGCGAGUUGGUUCCUUGGACGUUUUCAGAGUGUUGGCAACAUCGACAACGCGAUUCGGGUUGCCCUCGAUGCUAUUGGAGAUUUUGACCUCGCUGUGAAAAGGGAGGUUGAUGAAAGCUCUCUGUUGCUUCCGUCGUCUCUGUCUGAGUGGUCGCGAGGUUUAGCAGCGGCAUAUAUCUCUACCACUAUGGAGGCAAGAUACGACUUAUGCCUCUCUCUGAUUACCUUGCUCUUCUUCCUUUCAGAUGAAUUGAUUGAUUGGGAUGGAUCUUUACUUGCGGAAGUCUUUGCUAUCUUCAGGGGGGUUGCCAUUCUGCGCUAUGUGUCUGGACAACCUGCAGAGAGCGUCAAUGGAGAUCACAGUGAUUCGUCUUCGCCUGAUGACGUGAUCGCUCGAAUGCGAAAUAUGAAUGUUUCGCAACAAAAGGCUCCCUUCGCUUCGAAAUCCUCCCUCUCUCACCUUCUCUUGGCACACUCAGCCGAUCCGAACGGUGUGCCUGCAGCGGCUCACACUUUUCUAGAUGCCACUGGUUUACUCCAAUCCAUGUCUCCAGCGCAUGUAACAAAAUGCGAGGUCAUGUUUUGUGAACGCCUGAGAGCAGUAGGAUUCCUUGAAGUAACGCGGGAAUGUCUGUCGUGGCUUCCUAGAACCCCUGCAGCCAUCUUUAUCCUGGCCAGAGUUUGGUUGCAAAUGGGUCGAGUCGACGAUGCUUCUCAACUUUUUGAGAAAAUUGCAGGAACUUUUGGUCCGGGAAUAACUACGACUCAUGAAGAUUUUGAAGCGCUGUCGUCAGUCUUGCCCGCAGCAUCCACGACGCAGUCCGAGUUUUCGUUCUAUUUGCAUGUUUCAAACUUGUUCAAGAGCGACCUUCUCGUUCAACACGAAGUACACUUCGCUCGGCUUGCUAUAUCGACCGCUCCUUCUAAUGCAGACACGUCCUUCCUGUGGAAUAACGUUAUCAAAGGUCUUCUUGAUCUUGGCUCAUAUGAAGAUGCAUACGCUUCAAUAAUGGCUACGCCAUAUGAGAAACAGUGCGUAGCCGACAAUCUUAUUCUUAGCAAACCUGGUUUUGAUAAAUUAAUAAGGAAACGAGAGUGCGCCAGCCAGUUGGCAAUCCGGAUGUGUGAAGAGAAUGCGGUCGAAAGGCUGAUGACCUUUGAUUUUGGAGGAAUAUCUGACGAAGUUGCAUCCGCUUUAUCAUUCAAGGCCCGAAAUGUGGAGCCUCACUUCCGAAUUUGUUACGCAAAGAUCCUCUACACCUGGUACGUGCGCAGAGGAGAUUUCCGGAAUGCUGCUCUAACUAUGUAUCAACGCGCUCAAAAGUUGAAAGAUGUUGUUUUUGAUUCUCCGUUUUUCUUGGCAGCGGCCAAUGAGCAGUUAGAUGCCUACUCCAUUGCGAUCAACGCACUAUCCUUAGUUGAUGACACGGCGUGGAUUCUCACGCCUGUUGUUCACGACUCGUCUCCUUCCAAAAAGAGAGUUUCCAAGCAUAUCCCCGAAUCAAAAUACAUCUCGAGCAAGUAUGAUGCAGAAAUUGUUCAUUUGGCAGAUAUACAGCGUGAAUACGCGAUCCUACGUGCGCAAGUUGAUAUCAUCAAACGGGAGCCGUCGGUUAUUGCGUCUCCAGAUUUUCUUAUCUCACCGACACUAAUCGUCAUGAGGCUGGCGCACGCAAAUCUGUAUACCCAAGCGAUGGCCACUGCACGCAGCCUCAAGAUAGACAUGACAGACUUGUUUUCUCAUUUGACGAAUCAAUGUGUGCGACUAACUCGGGAGCCUAACUUGGUCAUGCAACAAGAUACAUCUGACUGGUUGUUAACCGACAAAGUAUCAACAUGGGCGAACACGCCAGCAGAUCGAGGAUGGCGAUAUCUGCGACAGUCGCUGGAGAGACACGAUAACGCAGAAACCGAUUGGCGAUAUGCCAAAUCUACUUUGGAGACGAUUUUAAGCUUGGAUAGGACAUUACCACCCCCUCCGUGGCUCAUUCAAAUGCUCGAGAACCGUCAUCAAGAGUAUCUCAUUCGUGUUAGCCUCCGCUACGAAAACGUCGACGAUGCUGUUAUGCACGCAUUAGCUCUCCUUCGAAAGUCUGACGCCGCCUUGCAACAAGAUUCAUCUCUACAAAAUUCCUCCUCCACUUGGUUUCCCUACGCUCUCAUCGACCAGGUCCUCACAGCUGCCGCUGCACAAGACGCCCCUCCUCCCCAUCUACCCCUGCUACGCACAGAAAUUACCAGUCGCAUUAAGCGUCUCCAGAAAUCGAUUCAAACGGUUAGCCACUGA